AUGAACGCCAAUAUGGCCAUACCAAUGUCCAUAACGGGCUCUGGCACAGAGCAAUCCAUGGACGAAGGGCUCAGGCGGCCAUUUUCGAAUUCCAGGGCUUGUCGGAUGUGUCAUCGCAAGAAGACAAAAUGCGAGAUUGACGGGUCUGCCCGGGCUUGUUUGCAGUGUCGGCGGAGCAGUACGCGCUGUGUCUUUCCUGAGGUGGGGGAGAACUUGGAAAGUGAUGAGUAUGUGCAGUCUUUGAAAGAGCGUAUUGUCAGAGUUGAGGCGCUCUUGAAGACUGCUGGCAUCUUGCAUGAAGGGGACAUGAGUCCUGAUGAUUUCUCUGACGAGGACGAAGACGAUGAACCUCCUUCUCAGGAUAUUUCCUCUACUCCGAGUCCGACAAUGAGUUCCCUUUGUCGAAAAGGUGCUGGUCUAGAGGUUACGUCUAUCUUCCGAGCAGAUGAAAGAGAUGAUUCUCGGUAUUUCGGAAAAUCUUGCUCCAUGUCAAUUUUAUCUCGGACAGGCAUCGAAUGGAUCAAAAGCAAAACCGGCGAUGUCAGUUUCUUGCGAUUAGUCUCGCCAGAACAGAUUCACGAUAACCCGUGGAAUCAUUGGCGACCCGAUGUCUUCCAAGACCUUUUUGCCUCGCAGGUCUUCAAACCUUUACCUUCCAGAUCAGAGGUAUUCUCUUUAAUGAAAGACUUCUUUCAAACAGCCAAUCGUCUAUUUCCUAUUUAUCUCGAGUCCAAGUUCAUGAAAAUGGUUGAAUGGCAAUAUACCCAGCAAACUUGCGAUGAUGCUGCUCGCUGGGCUAGUAUCAACAUGGUCAUUGGGUUGGCUUACGAAUAUCGGUUUUCGAAUAGCUCGAAACCAGAAAAGGACAGAGAGAGGGCUCGGGAGUAUUUCAAAAAUGCCAUGUCGGUCUUUACGGAACUGGCUUUGAAACGCACUGAUUUGCUCAGUGUUCAGGCUUUGCUAAGUAUGGCGUUCUUCCUUCGUGGGAAUUGCGGUACGCAAUCAGCUCUGCCACUUGUCACUGCCGCUAUGCGAUCGGGUCAACGAAUGGGACUACAUCGUGAUAUCCCUCGACCAGAUCUCAGUCCGGCUGAACAGGAGGAGAGACGGCGUGUCUUUUGGGUUGCAUUUGUGGUUGACCAAAGCACCUGCUUAAGAAUUGGAAAUGCCCCAUCCCAACAUCCGGACGAUUUCGAUGUCCCUCUCCCAACAGAGCUGGAAAGCGAUAAAGAAAGCGCAAGCAAUAUCCCAUUCUUCCGCCAGCUAUGUCGAAUGUCAAUCAUCAAGGGCCGCAUCUACAGUCGAUUAUACUCCGCAAAAGCACUACUGAGACCUCCUUUGGAGAUCUAUAGAACCGUCAAAGAGCUACACAAGGAGCUUGAAAACUGGAAAGGCGAAUAUCCAUUGACUACUGAGCCGAAAUUGAAACCCGGUGCACCCGACUUUCUAUUAGGAUUUGCCGCCGCCGGUCUUCACUUCGUCUACUACAAUGCUUUGAUCAUGAUCCACCGGAUUCCCCUCUUUCUUCACUACAUAAUAACAUCCAAAGCGACAUCCAAAGAUUUGAAGGAGCUCGAGGCCCUCAGCAUUAGACGGGCUUCGAAAUCUGCCUCCAUUGGCGCACAAGCUGCUCGUGACACCUUAAAACUUAUUAAUAAUAUGCCAUGGGGAGACAUUGCAUGGACAUGGUCCCUUCUAUACUACGUCUUCCUAGGCGCUGCAACAAUAUUUUCCAGUAUUCUUCGGGACCUCCGCCACCCAAAAGUCCGCGCAGACCUCCAAUCCCUCACAAUGGCCUCGACAUUCUUCGCCACUCUCGUCCCAGGCGACGGAGCAUCAAACUACGCAGGCUUUAUGGCCCGCAUGAGCGCCACUCUCGAACGUAUCGCCAGAGUGGCAGUCGAGAAAGAAGAGAAAAGAGAAAAGGAAGAACCUCAUUUGUCGGCAAAUAAGAAACGCACGAACUCUUCUUCGCAUAAACGUCGACAACCUACUACUCUCCGCAACGCCAUGACCACGGACACAACGGACCAGUCAACGAGCGACAGAGAGAACAUGAACACAAAUACAAACACAAACAUGAACAUGGCCAUGGACAUCGGUAUCCCAGACACACUAGAGGGCUUACCACCAGUGAACUCCUCCGGCUACGUCGUCCCACUGAGUCCAGACACAAGGACGCCCCAAUCCCAUUUCCAACUCCAACAACAACACCACCACCCCUCAAACCAACCCCCGAAUCCCUACACAAACGAAUACCUAGACCGAACCUUCCUCCACGAAGCAGGAGCCACAGGCAACCACUACACAAACCCCCCAAUGACAAUGCCAUCCUGGCAACUCUCGCAAGAUUUCUCCGCAACAGCAGAACCGCCAACAGGACCAGUCCUCACAACCCUCGAUACCAACUCCCCUUCCUCCUUCGCUAGCAGCACCCCAACCGGAACAACCAAUUCCACAAUUCCGGAAUUCUUCCAGGUUCCCAUGACCGGCGACUGGGAUUAUAGCGGAUCGCUCUUUGCCGGGCUCUUUCCUGCUGGGUUUGGUUUCCCAGUUGAUGGGCAAGCUACGGGUGCGGGGCCUGGUGGUGGUGUUGGUGCAGAUCCUGCCAUGUCGAUUUUGUCGGCUGAGUCUUAUGUUCAUGGUGCGCCUGCUGUUGAUGGGCGCGUGGGUAUGGAUGGGAAUGGAGGUUUUGAUGCUCAGGGUCUUGGGUAUGGGUAUGGGUUUGUUCCUGAGAGUCAAGGUCAGGGGCAGGGACAGGGGCAGGGGCAGGCUGAGGAUACGGUCUGGCCGAACGGGUUUUUGGGGUUGUUUUAG